CUUUGAAACUUCAAGGCGAGGAAGAAAAUGACAUCCGUGUUUGCACUGUUUGCAGCAAUUUCGUGAAUGGUUGUUUACUCCAAUGGAUUCUACGGUACUCAAUCGAAAACAUUAAUAACUAAUAAUGUGAAUUAAGUUGGCGAUCGGAUGAUGUGGUGGUGCGUGAUGUGAUUUUCGUCAGGGGCAAACGUGCAAACCGUUCGUAACAAUCACGAUGUCAGGUAGAAAUCGGCCCAUGCAGCAUAAGAAUUUUUCCACGAUAUUUUCCAAGCUCCAAGGGGCUUUUUCCGACGCUGUGGCCCAUCCGAAGUUCGCGACCGACAAACGGACUUUAGACAAAACAUGGAAACUGAUGGACAAAGUGGUCAAACUGUGCCAACACCAGCGAAUGAACCUGAAAAAUUCACCUCCAUUCAUUCUGGAUAUUCUACCGGAUACCUAUCAAAGACUGCGGCUCAUCUACUCAAAGUAUGAGGACAACAUGUCGGCAUUGCAUAGCAUCGAGUAUUUCAACGUAUUUAUUAUCAAUCUAAUGCGAAAGUGCAAACAGGCCAUCAAACUGUUCAAGGAGGGCAAAGACAAGAUGUUCGAUGAGAACUCGCAUUAUCGUCGAAAUUUAACCAAAUUAAGUUUAGUGUUUAGUCAUAUGUUAAGUGAACUCAAAGCGCUUUUCCCGAACGGGUGGUUCGCUGGGGACCAGUUCCGAAUCACCAAGUCUGAUGCUGCCGAAUUCUGGAAGAACAACUUUGGCAAUAGUACUUUGGUUCCUUGGAAGAUUUUCCGCCAAGAAUUAAACAGCGUGCAUCCGAUCAGUUCAGGGUUGGAAGCCAUGGCCUUAAAAUCCACCAUCGAUCUCACCUGUAACGAUUACAUAUCCAAUUUCGAGUUCGACGUGUUCACCAGAUUGUUCCAGCCAUGGACGACACUUUUACGAAACUGGCAAAUCCUGGCAGUUACUCAUCCCGGGUACGUGGCAUUUCUCACAUAUGACGAGGUGAAGGCACGAUUGCAACGCUAUAUGGGCAAAGCUGGCUCGUACGUGUUCCGAUUGUCCUGCACCAGGCUGGGCCAAUGGGCCAUCGGUUAUGUUACGCCCGAUGGGGAAAUUUUGCAAACGAUACCGCAAAAUAAGAGCUUGAUCCAGGCGCUGUUGGAUGGAUAUCGGGAAGGGUUCUACCUCUAUCCGGAUGGUCGGGCGAACAAUCCAGAUCUGGCAUGGGCAGUGCAACCGAGCCAGGAAGAUCACAUUGCAGUCACCCAGGAACAGUACGAGUUGUAUUGCGAGAUGGGCAGCACGUUCCAGCUGUGUAAAAUUUGCGCCGAAAACGAUAAGGACGUUCGGAUAGAGCCGUGCGGGCACUUGCUGUGCACUCCGUGCCUAACCGCAUGGCAAGCAGGUUCAGAGGGGCAGGGCAGCCAAGGAUGUCCAUUCUGCAGGGCCGAAAUUAAAGGGACCGAGCAAAUCGUCGUCGAUCCGUUCGAUCCGAAGAAGUCGCACAACAGGAAGAAUUUCCCGACCUUUUCGCAGAACAUUACCAAUCUGGACGACGAGGAGGAAUUUGAGGAUGCCGGAGAACUGUGGAACUGUGCAGGCAGCAGCUUGCAUGCGCUGGCGCUCAAGCCCCGGACCGAAGUUUCGCACUCCUCCAGCCCGAUGAUCUCGCCUGGAAGUAGUCCGAGAUUCGUGCGCAGGAAUCCUCCAGGUACCAUCAUAGUGCCCACUGCUGUCCCGCCCCCACUACCGCCCCGGAAAAGUUCACCAACCCAAGAACUCCCACCGAUCCCCACAACGUCAUCCUCGCAGGCGUUUCGCAAUGGAAGCCCCAAUAUCCAUGCAGGUUUGAGCGAAACACAAUCACAAUCGGUAACGAACCUAACCAGUCACCAGCCGGUUGAGGUGCAACUGCCGAAGAGCAGCUCUAUGUUGGAGAUGCGCCAUUCUGAGUCGGGAGGAGGCGGGCCGGUUGAGUUGAGCACGCCCGAAACGAUCGUCGGUCUGGUCGUUUCAAAUUGUGAUAAUAAUGUUAUCGAUACGAGCAAAACGCCGCCCAGACAUCUGAGUUGCCCGUCGAACCGCACGGCGCGCAAACCCGCACCCCCAAAAUCCCACACCACCCCGAACAUCAGCAGCAGCAAGCCGUACGAGAAUAUCGAGGUGGAGCUGCGCCAUCUGAAGAACAAGAAGCUGGCGAAUCCACUCGAGCGCGAAGCGAGUGUUCCGUACGAAAACAUCAACAUAAACUAUAUCAAAAAACUGGUUAGCGAAGGCUACUCUAGAGACUCAGUAAUAAGGGCUUUGGGUAUAACGGGAAAUAACGUAGAUAUGGCUUGUGAUAUUUUACACGAAUUCGGUACAAAAUUAGGAUAGCAAGUAGCCUUAGCGGGGCCCCUCGAUUUUAAUUUACUCAUUUUCACUCAGUUCCACUAAUUGAAUAAUUGCCAGCGACUGAAAGGGAAAAAGCGUUUCUAAACUUGAUGGACGCUGUUUUCUACCAUGGAAUCCAGCGUAUCGGAUUGGGGAUGAAAAGGAUCAAUUUUCGCCUACCGAUUGAACCAAAUGCAAUAAAAUUAGAGUACGAAAAUCAAUUUUUUUAGAUCUUUUCGUCGUCUGGUUCAAUGUUUUUCUUUUUCGUGCAACUUUUCUCAGAAAUAAACCAUAAUUACUGUA